AUGGAUAAGCUAGAUAAUUGUGAUAGUGAGUUUGGUUAUUCCUACAAUUUUCCGAUGGAAUCGGAUAAUGAGACAGAAUUGGCGACAAAAAACUUACAGAAUAUCAAUAAAGAGCUAGUUUUCAAGAGCAACGAACUGGAAAAUGAUUCCUUAGCAGUAUUGCAAAACAUUCAUAUACGAAAUAACGUUGAAUAUUUACCCACAGAUGUUCAAAGUUGUAUAGAAGUUGAAUCUACGAAUAUUAUCAACAUAUCAGAAAACCAAAUAGUAGAAAUCCAGUUCCAGAAUGGAAAUGGUACUGUAAACACUGAAUAUAUUGUGAAUGACAAAUUACUAGAGACUAAUAUCGAUGGAGAAGAUAUAGAGAUGAAGUCAACCUUCGUUAACUUAAAUGAAGGAGUCUACGAAGAAAUCAUCCCAUAUCAGAUAUAUGACGAAAUAAAUAAAAAUAGCACCGAUAAUUUCGAAAUUGUCCAACAUAUCGACGGAAACAUAUCGGAGAACUCAUCAAACACAGACAACUUUAGUCAAAAUACUUUCAACUUGUCUAUACUUAGUCCUCAAAGUGAAAAUGAUGAACAAUCAGAAACAGACCUGACCAGUUUGAACUGGCUGCAUAACAUCACGAAUAUUAUGGCAGUUCCUAACUUACCCACUCCUCCAGUGUCACCAACACCGAAGCCAUCGAAGAGGAAACCCAAUAGUAAUAGCAGCCAUCAAGAAGAUUUAACAAUAAACAUAAAUUAUUAUAAAAAAAAUGGAGAUAAGAAGCCUCCAUUUUCUUACGCUACUCUUAUUUGUAUGGCGAUGGGAAAGAAUGGAAAUAAGAUGACGUUAUCAGCCAUUUAUCGGUGGAUACGGGAAAAUUUUCUGUAUUACAGAGAAGCCCAUCCUAGUUGGCAGAAUUCAAUAAGGCACAACCUGUCCUUGAAUAAGUGUUUCAUGAAACACCCCAGAUCUAAGGACGAGCCGGGAAAAGGAGGGUUCUGGAAAUUAGAUCUGGAAAGGCUAGAAGAAUCUCGGAGAUCGAAGAGAAGGUCCAGUUUGACGGUUCGGGUACCUAGAAAUAGGCACUCUUCCGAUGAAAAAGUGUUGAAACCCCCUAGGAAAACAAAAAGGUAUCGCUCAUCCCAGAACCCAGGGGAAAGGAAACACAAUAUUCUCUCCAACAUAUCAAUAUGUGGGGAAACUGAUAUUGAAAAUCUCGAGGAUAUCAAGAAGAAAGAAAAGAAAGUCGAACAAAAAAUACGCAAAACAACGGAGCUCAAAAUCAAAGAAGAUAAGACGGAUGGAGCACUCACCGAUAAUUCAGUCGAAAGUGAUUUUAUUCCAGAAUCCAUGCCAAACCAGUCCGUUAUAACGGAACCUGUACAUAAUUUACUAGGUGAAGAUGAACUAACAGGUUUGUUGUUGGCAACCAAAGGUUGGGACGACUGCCAGUUAGAACUACUCGAUUCCUUGUUGGAUUCGCUGUAA